CUGACUCGCGGCCGCAUCGAUGACGGCCUGACCCGCCCGCCGCUGUCAAUCGUGAGCCGCCCGUACAGCCGAGCUGACCACCAGCUCAACGCAGCUCACCAUGUCCAACUCGGGCAUCGACGCUGAGGCCCUCUUCGAGCUGUACGGCUCGCGCGGGCUGAUCGACGUCCAAGGGCGCACGGUCCAGUUCUCCCAGCCACCGCCGAUCCGCUUCAGCGACUGCCGGCUGACGUACAACCAAGUGGCCGAGUUCAAGGAGUUGCUAGGCAUCGCCCCGGGCGGGCGAUCACGCGUUCCUCUCCCUCUACUCCGACUCACGACGGCCGGCGGCACCGCAGGGACGCCGCCGACGCUGCCCCCGAAAGAGAAGAGCAAUGGCACGAUCAACGCCGAGCAGCUCAACAGCGCGCUCAUGCGACCCACUGUCCGCCGCACGAGCUCAGUCCCGACAGGUCCAAACACCAGACCAGUGUGCCCCAACCUGCGUGACUUCACCCCCGUCCUCGUGACAAGGCCAUGGUUCAAGCACGUCAUGGAGCACUACCUUCAGGUGACGAUGGUGUCGGUUGUCUCCUGGCGGCCGGACGAGCUCGCCCCGAAACCAGUCGCGUGGGACUAUGACGGCGAGCCUGCAUCGCACGCGCCGCCGCCGUCCAUGCGGACCAACGUGUCGCCGACAGUGCACCCGACGCCGCGGGGCACGGUCAGCACCUUCACACCGCGCCCGUCGACCUCGACCGAGCCCACGACGGUCGUGACCGAUCCCACGCCGACGGCCGCCCAGAAGCGGCCCGCCGUGCCCCCCAUGUCCAGCAAGUCUGGCGGUGACCCCAAGAUCGCGAGCGCGGGUGCAUCUCCCGACACGCCAAUGUCGCCGCAUGCGCUCCCCCGGCAGCCGGUAGACCGCGGCGACAUGCUCUAUGUCGAGUCGUCCCGGUCAUACAGCCGCGUCAAGUUUACACGACACAUCGAUAUGCGAACGACGGUUGUGCGCCCCAAGAUCACGGCGCUGACGGCCACCUUUCUCACCAUGCACCUACGUGACGAUCUCGACGCGGCUCUGACGGUGUUCAUGUUCGCGCCGUCGCUUGUCGCUUCGGACAUUCGGCGGGCCAAGCUCUCCAAGGUGGUGGGGUACACGCGCACCAAGUCGCUCCUCGAGGCGCUGCUCUCGCGCAUGCACGAGCGCAAGGCGUAUACGACGGACGACGAGUGCCUCGGCGCAGCAUGUAACCUGCUCGUGGCGUACCUCGCGCGCGACGACACGGCGACCACCAAGCUGCUCAACUUUCGCCCGUCCGACUCGGAGUCGCCAGCCAAGAUCCACCAUCGGCUCAAGACGCUCUUCCGCUUCGUGCCCAACAUGUACCGUGAGGAUCUUGCGCUCUACGGCGUCCGCGUCGGGCUGGUGUACGGCGCGCUGGCGAUCUUCAUGAACGAGAAGGAGGUCAAGCUCGAGCGCCAGAACCGCAUGCUCGCGGCCGGGCUGGGUGCAGCCACCGCCGUCGUCUCCGCAGCGGCUGACAGCGUGCCGACCCCCGCCAAGCUGGCUGGCGCGACGGUCAAACUGAGCGUGAAGGUGGCCCAGGACGAGAUGACGGACUUCAUGGCCCGCGAGCAGAAGAAGCUCGCGCAGAUCGUCGCUGUCGUGGCGCACAAGUUCAACAUCCAGGUGCUCAGAGCCGCGCAGAUGGGCCGCCUUGCAAGCUUGAGGGCCCCAAUUCAGCCCACCGCAGCCGAUCUGGACAAGUUCCAGCGCAUCGCAAGCACUGUCCUGCAGAUGGUGGUCUUCGAGGCUGGGAUCGCUCUCGCCAUCGAGGAGGUCAAGGCAUCGGAUGUGCCUCCCGUCCCGGAUGCCAGCCCCCAGGAGACCCAGAGCAACGCAGCAACAGGAGGGGUCAUGGAGGCCAUGCCCCAGACUAUCCCAUGCUCGCUGUGUUGCCCGACUCGACGAGCAACGCGCCAAGUGUGCGAGGACGGUGGCCCGAAGCAGUGA